GUUUUGUCCGCGAGCGGCCCCGGAUUAAGGCGGCCUCGGGUUGGAUGCCCUGCGGUUUCGGCUUGCACAAUGUACACCCUGGUCCAGGAAACGGUUGGCCCAUCGGCAGCGCAAUACAUCCUUUCAUCGAAGCCAAGCCUGGUGUUUGCCGAUGUACUGUGGGCUUGCUUGACAGUCGCCGCAUGUGGCAUGGUGUCGGUCCGAUCGAUAUUGCCAUCGGUCCUGGGUACUUGGAUGCUCGUCGUUGCCUCUGCGUCGUUGUGGGUUCUUCGUCAAUGUUUUUUCUCCAAGGGAGCAGAGGUUGUCGUCAUCCUCGAGGAUAUGGGCCUGCAGAUCAGCUCGUAUUCGGCUGUGGGGUUCCUCAAGAGAUCGCGAUUCAUCCCGCUCGCAAGCCUCCAGUCCUGCUUCAUCAACGAAGGUAUUCAUCUCUUCGCCGUGAGGCAUUACCUCACCUUGGGAGUUCGCAGCCCAAGAAGCGGCACCGACCUGGUGCUCCUGCUCGACCUGCAUCCGCCUUGCCCCCUCGGAUAUCUGCGCCAAGUGCGCUCGGGUAUCCUCGCCCUGAUGGCGAAGGCGCCUUCCUGAGGCUGCAGCAGCUCUGGCCGGCGAUGGAGACUCCGCCUAGCCCACUCUUCUAUCGGCUUCAGUGCUUGAAGUUGGCCAGCACUCGGCGGUUUCCGCAGUAUAUCAAUACUACUCAUCCCGACACCCAUAAUCUGAUCACGAAUGAACAAAGGACCGCCCUUGCAGCCACUGGCCGAGCGGAGAGCAUCGUUCCCACUCGUAGUAACUUGCAAGUGUCCACGGUAUGCUGAUAUUCAGGUGCUUGGAGAGACUUGUGGAGAUACGAGGGAAACCCGCGUCGUGGUCAUUCACAGCACAGGGGGGGGGGAGGAGAUGCCUCGG